AGAGAGAGAAAGAGAGAGAGAGAAAGAGGGAGAUUUUUUUUUAAUCAUAUAUUUCUUUUAAUAUGUUUUUUUUUUUUAAUACGCAAGUAAAAUUGAGAAAAAUAACCUGCUGAAUGUGUUAUUGUGCUACUGUGCUGAACUGAGUCCCUGCAAGUAAAGAGCUUGUUAUUUCCGGGGGGAACCCCACACAAAAAUGUACCCGGAAAAAAACCUAGAUGACGUAAGAUAUUUCCCGCAGAAAUUAGAAAGCACGGUGCUUAGUAAAGAACUCCCAUUUAUGUUGCUUGAGCUUGAGGCUCAACGGAAUGGCUUUGGCUCCUCUCGUGUCCAGCUCUCCAGGAGAGAACGAGUACCCGUCCGGUUUCCCGCAGAGCAUCUGUGAUGAAGUUCCGGCGCCGAAGUACCUGUGCAGCCACUGCGACUGCGUGCUCAACGGAGCGCACCAGAGCGCGUGCGGCCACCGCUACUGCCUCGCGUGCGUCCACUGGCUCAUCAGAAACAACAAAAAUCUUGUGUGCACAAAGUGUAAAGAAGACCCUAACCAGCAAAGCAACCAUGGCUUACUGACUCUUGACCAGUUCUUCAACGACGCAGCGAUCAAUAAAGAGAUUCUAGCGCUGAGAGUGCAUUGCACUAACCACGGCUGUAUGUGGAAGAGCACCCUGAAGGACUUUGAGGAGCAUCAGAGUCAGUGUGAGUACGCCUUAAUCCCCUGCAAUGUUGGCUGUGGCUUGAUGGUUUUGAGGAGGACAUUGGCCACUCACCUGGAGAAAGGCUGUCCCAAUAAUAAGAGCACAUGUCCUACAUGUUCCUCCCCUCUGACCCCUUCAGAGCUCCAGAAGCAUGUGUGUCCCAGUGACAAGAAGGCUACGAAAGCAGAGAAACGUCAGAAGGAUAAUAAGCAAGCAAAUUCCAAAAGGAAAGAGACGUGUCACUUCUCUGAAGUUGGAUGCACAUUUAAGGGAAGUGUGGAGAAAGUGCGAGAACAUGAAAGCAGCAGUUCUGCGGUCCACCUCCAGCUCAUCCUGGAGGUCCUCAGGGGCAUUCGGAUCUCUGUUCCUUCCCCACCUGACAGGAGUGUGCACUUCCCAGGCUUGGACCUGCUCCUCCAUGGCCAGAGCUCACCUUCCGUCUGUGUUCAGUCGACUGGUGAGUUAGAGACCGACGGGGAUGGAGGAGUGAACGACAUGGCACUCAGCCUUCACGAUGACCAGGCUGAGCUGGAAGUGGGCCAGCAGCUUCACGCCCUUCAGCAGAGGCUGCAGAUCAUGGAGAACAUCAUCACAGCACUCAACCGUGAGGUGGAGAAAACCCAGCUCACCGUGGCAGCCCUGGACAGAGACUCCCACAACAGCAUGCAGCUGGUAGAGCACUUGGAGAGUGUGGUUGCAGACCAGCAACAGAGAAUGAUCAGGAAAGACGUGCACAUCGCCUCCCUGCAGCAGAGCAUCAGUGCGCAGCAGGAUGUGUCCUACGAUGGCACGUUUCUCUGGAAGAUCUGUGAUGUCAGUCAGAAGCUAAGAGAGGCAGCCACAGGGCAAAGGAGCAGCCAGUACUCACCAGCCUUCUAUACAUCGAGGUAUGGAUUUAAAGUGUGCAUGCGGCUGUACAUGCACGGAGACGGAGCUGGGAAAGGGACACACAUCUCUCUUUUCUUCGUGAUUAUGAGAGGAGAGUAUGACCCACUUCUCUCAUGGCCUUUCAAACACAAGGUGACUUUCUUCCUCAUUGACCAGAACCAAAGAGAGCAUGUAAUCGACACGUUCCGUCCCGACCUCUCAUCCGCGUCGUUCCAGCGGCCCGUCUCUGAGAUGAACGUGGCCAGCGGCUGCCCUCUCUUCUGCCCCCUGGCCAGGCUGCGCUCCCCAAAGCAUGCAUACUGCAAAGACGACACGCUUUUUAUCAAGUGUGUGGUGGACUCUUCAUCCUGAAUGAUGAUGUAGCUGAGGAAGAAGGGACUGAGGUCAGGUUGAGUGGGCUGCUACUGCUGAAAAUCUUGCUUUGGGUGACAAAAUGUGGCCUGAAUCAUUCUUUUGCUGCUUCACCUAAUAUAUAGCAGGUGUAAUGGAUUUAAAUUAAUUUGAGCCUUUUUAUAUUUGUUCAGGAAUACCCAGACAUAAUCUCUAGAUUUCACAUUUCAUGUUUCGAUCUCACAAUUUUUUUCUUUCUGUUUUACUAGUGAUUUUUUUUUUUACAUUUGUUGUAUUUAAUAUUAUUUGCAUAAUUACAA